GUGUCGUCCAUGUUGGAUUUUGCGAAGUAGAAUCCAUGUAGUGAUUCAAUCUGUGGCCAUCCUGGCCAACAAUAUUAUAUUCGUUUAUUUUUAGUCGUCAAUUCAAUAGAAUAUAUAUUUUCCAGGUCUCUUUCAUGUGCAUUUUCCCAUUGAAAGAAUGGCAGUUGCUAAUGGAGAAGUGCAGUGGUGCUUUUCCCAAGUAAAAGGGACCAUAGAAGAAGAAGUGUCCGAAGCGGACAUCAUUUCAACAGUCGAGUUCAACCAUGAUGGAGAGUUGUUAGCUACCGGCGACAAGGGAGGGAGAAUUGUCAUAUUUCAAAAAGACGACGCGCCUAAGGGAUCUCCCAGAUAUGGAGAAUACAGUGUUUAUAGUACCUUUCAAAGUCACGAGCCGGAGUUCGAUUAUCUAAAAAGUUUAGAAAUAGAAGAGAAAAUCAAUAAAAUCAAGUGGUUGAAACGUCAAAAUGCAUCACACUUUCUCUUGUCUACCAAUGAUAAAACUAUUAAACUAUGGAAAAUAUCUGAGAGAAAUUCUAGGGCAUGUAAUUUCAACCUUCGAGACGAUCUAGGAAUACCAAGGGACCCAAGUGAAAUCAAAGAAUUGAGGAUACCAAAAUUAAAGCCAUCAGAUCUCGUUGUUGAAGCCAGUCCAAGAAGAGUGUAUGCUAAUGCUCACACGUACCAUAUCAAUUCUAUAUCUGUAAACAGUGACUGCGAGACCUAUUUAUCAGCUGAUGAUCUGAGGAUUAAUCUAUGGCAUGUUGGUAUUAAUGGACAGAGUUUUAAUAUUGUUGAUAUUAAACCUACUAACAUGGAGGAACUUACUGAAGUGAUUACAGCUGCAGAGUUCCACCCUAUAGAGUGUAAUACUUUUGUAUACAGCAGCAGCAAGGGGACAGUUAGACUGUGUGAUAUGAGACAACAGGCAUUAUGUGAUACCCAUUCAAAGUUAUUUGAAGAAGCUGAAGACCCUGCCACUAGGUCAUUUUUUUCCGAGAUCAUCUCGUCUAUAUCAGAUGUUAGAUUUAGCCAUAAUGGUCGUUAUAUGAUUACUAGGGAUUAUUUGACUGUUAAAGUCUGGGACUUAAACAUGGARAAACAACCUGUYGAGGUUUACAGUGUCCAUGAUUAUCUCAGGAGUAAAUUAUGUUCGCUGUAUGAAAACGACUGCAUCUUCGAUAAGUUUGAAUGUGUUUGGAAUGGAGAUGAUACGUCAAUAAUGACGGGGUCAUACAAUAAUUUCUUUCAUAUAUUUGACCGUAAGUCUAAGAAUGAUUUAUGCCUGGAAGCCAGCCGUGAAUCCAGCAAACCAAAGCAAGUGCUUAAGCCAAGAAGAGUUGCUGUUACUGGAAAAAGAAAGAAGGAUGAUAUCACUGUUGAAUGUCUUGAUUUCAGUAAAAAGAUCCUACAUACAGCUUGGCACCCCAAAGAAAACAUCAUCGCUGUAGCUGCAACUAAUAACUUGUAUCUGUUUCAAGAAGAUGUAACGUCAUGAACUAAUGACAUAAUAUAUGUCGGAAUAUGUCUGUCAGUGUGUUGUACAGACAGUAGAAGGACAUCACCGGUUCUAGAUAUUUACUGUUCUUUAUCAAAUACAAUAUGCCAUUUGUUAUCUCUACGAAAUGUAAAAAAAUAAAAUUUCACAUCUUACAUUGGUUUCUGGUAUUAAACCAUUAAGGCUGAUUUACUCAACACAACUUUUACUCAGAACUCAGAAUGCAACUUAUGUUAUGUAUACAGCAUGGCUACAACUGUCAUAGGACUAUUAACCAAUUAAUUACUAAUAAUUUUUAACGACAUUUGUAGCCAUGCUGCUAAGGAUGACUUAGGUGUAUUACAUACAAUGCUUGUUUGGUAAAGGUUUGCCAUAAAGAUCAUCUUUUAGGUAAUUCCUCUUAGAUCUUGGCCAUCAACUAAAGUCAAUUAUGCUUAUAGCAGACAGCUGAAAAGGCUGGUUUGCACAAAUCAACCUUUUUCUACAAAAUUUAUACAGAAUCUGAUUUUCCUGGAGGUAAAGUUAGUGUAGAAUAGAAUAUAAAUGUAUUCAAUAAUAGUAUAGUGAGGGCUUUUGUUAUAAUUAACCCCAAAAAAAAAAACACUAGCUCAAUGUUAGUGUGUAAUUCCUUAAUAUUUAAAGCAAAGGAAAUCCAGCAAUAAAGAUGUACCACUGGCUAGUAAUCUCAGUAUGUAUUUGAUGGGUUAAGACUUGCGACUUUAAGAAAACCAAUUGGGAAAGAUGUAGACUAAUAGUGUAUUUCAUGGGAUUUGUGACGUUGUUGUACAUGUAGAGUGAUUUUCAAUUGACUGUGAAAGAUUUGUCAAACUAAGUUCAUUAAUAAAAAAAAUUUGAGUUCCAUAUUUGUUUGAUAUGUGAUAAGUGAGUAUGGACACUUUUAAGUAUGGAGUCGUUUUGCAGUCGACUGAAAAUCACAAAAUUUAUUAUAUUCGUUUGUUUUAUAUUUGACAACUGCAAACUUGAUGAUUUAAUUUUUGUUCACAGGCCUAUUGUUUUUAAGAAUUUCUGUUGUAAUACUGCUGUAAUGUAAGUAAGAUUGAUGUGCAAUGAACUGUAGGUUUGAUGAUGAAUUUUAUGAAAAUGAUGAAUAGUUACAUUAUUUAAUUGGACUAGAGGGUGUUGGUAACAAAAGGCUAAUAAUUGUUUCAAUAAAAAAAACAUUCAUGGCCA